GGGAGAGGGUGUGCCCUUGACGUCGUUUCUCGUCAAAGACUCACAUUUCGGAGAGAACCAUAUCCAGGUUUGCUUACUUGCUAUUCACCACGGCAUUGUCAUGACUUUAACGAAAAGUGCACAGAGCUCAAGGUUACAAAUCAAUAAUAAUUGGAAUGGUUUCGUUUGACUUCACCUGUCCAAGUGUUGAGCGGAGAAGAGAGUCAAGACACCCCCAAGGCACACAUCACCAGCGCUGCCUGUGCUUGGAGCUACUGGCUGACAGAUCCUUCGCAUAAGGAGGAACUAGAGGGAGUCUGACAAGCGAUAAGAUCCUCUCUUCCAAAUCACCAACAACGAGGAAAUUGGUAAAGCACCUUCACCAAACGCAAUGAGAGCUCCAGGCUGAAUCUGGAGUGGCUGCUCUCAGCUGAAUCCAAAAGGGGUUUCGUGACAUUUUCUAACCCAACUGGGUGUGUACAGCACCGUGCCCGCUGUUACUCUGGACUGCACUCGAUAUACCUUAUUUACCAAGUCAUGUCUUAUACAGAGCGAUGGGUAAGUUCGACGACAACGAGAGGAUAAUCCUCAACGUUGGGGGAACUAGGCACGAGACGUACAAGAACACGCUGAGGACACUGCCGGGGACUCGGCUGGCCCUUCUUGCCUCCGAUUCUGACAUCGAGUCCGUUUUGGAUCAGCUGCAACAAGUCCCCGGCUUCAUAGAGUACAACACGCGGAGCAACGAAUACUUUUUUGACCGCCACCCAGGGGUAUUCGCUUAUGUCCUUAACUACUAUCGAACCGGGAAACUCCAUUGCCCAGCAGAUGUUUGUGGUCCGCUGUUCGAGGAAGAGCUGUCCUUCUGGGGAAUCGAUGAGACGGACGUGGAGCCUUGCUGCUGGAUGACCUAUCGCCAACACAGGGACGCCGAGGAGGCGCUCGAUGUGUUUGACAUAAACGUUGACAAUGGAGACGACGACGAAGAGACGGGGAAAAGACUCGGCAUUGAGGACGUGGUUGAUCCUAAUAUCAGCCGCUGGAAAAAGUGGCGACCUGUGAUUUGGAAUCUAUUUGAGGAUCCCUAUUCUUCCAGAGCGGCCAGGUUUGUGGCCUUUGCCUCCUUGUUCUUCAUCCUGGUCUCGAUCACCACCUUCUGCCUGGAGACCCAUGAGGCAUUCAACACCAUCACCAUCAUCAACAAGUCUGAGGCGGUGCUCAACGGCAGCCUGCCGGACCUGGGUCCUGAUUACAUUAUCGAGACGGACCCAGCUCUCACCUACGUGGAGGGUGUCUGCGUUCUUUGGUUCACCCUGGAGUUCAUGGUGCGUGUCAUCUUCAGCCCAGACAAGCUGGAGUUUGUCAAGAGCCUGCUCAACAUAAUCGACUUUGUGGCUAUCCUGCCUUUCUACCUGGAGGUAGGCUUAAGUGGACUCUCAUCUAAAGCAGCUAAGGACGUCUUGGGCUUCCUCAGAGUGGUAAGGUUUGUCAGGAUCCUGCGUAUCUUCAAGCUGACGCGACACUUCGUGGGGCUGCGGGUGCUGGGUCACACCUUGAAGGCUAGCACCAACGAGUUCCUCCUCCUCAUCAUCUUCCUCGCCCUAGGUGUGCUUAUCUUCGCCACCGCAAUCUACUACGCCGAGCGCAUCGGCGCCAACCCCAACGACCCCACGGCUGGCGAACACACCAUGUUCAAGAACAUCCCCAUCGGCUUCUGGUGGGCCGUGGUCACCAUGACCACGCUGGGUUAUGGUGACAUGUACCCGCAGACGUGGUCGGGCAUGCUGGUGGGCGCGCUGUGCGCCCUGGCGGGCGUGCUGACGAUAGCCAUGCCUGUGCCCGUCAUCGUCAACAACUUUGGAAUGUACUACUCGCUGGCCAUGGCCAAGCAGAAGCUUCCCAAGAAGAGAAAGAGGCACAUCCCCCAGGUCGCACUGGGGGGAUCCCCAACCUGCCUCAAAGUAGACCUCAACACCACCUUCAACAGCCCCCAGGGGGACCUCUGCAACAUGCAGGGGAGCAGGGUGCUGGAACGCAACCAAUCAGUGCUGUCAGGGGACGGCAGUGGAGGCAGUGAUCUCACCAUGUCCCCCAGCACAGAGGAGAGGGUCCCCAUGCGCAGGUCCAGCAGCCCAGAGCAGGAGCGGAGGAGUGGGGGGACGUGCUUCCUGCUGGCUGCCAGUGACUACACCUGCCCUGCCGACGGUGGGGUCAGGAAGACAGGCUGUGAGAAAUCCCCAAGCUUAAGCAACAUAGCGGGCUUGGCUGGUAACGCCCUGAGGCUGUCUCCAGCGACCUCACCCUACGAUAACUGCAAAGAGACUGUCUUUACUGGUUUCACGCAAGCAGAGAGCAGCAUUCUUUAAUUGCUGGGGGAAGGCACAUCCCUGGUGGAAAGCCGUUUACGUGUCCUAUUGGAAUGACGGCAGUCAUCAGCCAAUCAGUGGACUAACAAGACCUAUUGGUGUGUGGAUCCUGUUGGAUCACACAGCGUCACUCAAGGACGUGAACCAACCAGAACACUCACAUCGGUGAAGGAUUGUUGACUGACAAGCGUCAGGUCCAAUGACGCUGCCUGGGAAAACAGGAACUGUCCAAGACUGAGGUCAAUUGGAAUUCUGGGAAUAGAUGGGACAGGGGAAGUUGUCUUUUUCCCAGAUUCUCAAUGUCAUGGAUAUUGAGUGAAGCAUAAAACUGUCACAAGAAGAAGAAGAAAGGACCCUUCUAGGAAGACGAGGCCAGCUGCUUUAUCUAGAUAUUGUGUUUGUAAAUAAUAACAUGAUACAGCACAUGGUCGAGGAGCUCCUCUCUCUCUCAUCUGUCCUCUGGAUUGGGAGCCAGGUACACGGUCAUGCUGAGACCUCCAGAUCCAUCCCUCUCCGUGGUUUCCCUCCUCGUAAUACGUGUUAUGAAGAUGCAUCAGGCACUACGUGUUCUGGAAAUGGACUGUAUUCAUAUGUGAAUUCUGCUUCAUAUAGAGUGAAGAGAGAAUAACGUGGGAUAAGUUGAAUACAUGUGACAUAGGGUUUCUUCAAUGCUUUUGUUUCCCUUAGACGUUUUGGUGGAUUCCAUGACAUUGCUGUGGUGUGCGUUUAAAUGCGUGUGUUUUGAACUCCAGGGUAACAUCUAGACAACAUGCAGUUGUAAAGCAGAAAAAUGAAAACCUAUAAGAGACCCAUUUCACUCUUCCAGCUAGUUUGAACACAUAUAACAAGGAAGCUUAAAGUACCCUGUAGAGAUGUGUUAUCCUGGACACCAUACCCCAACAAUCAGAUACAAUUUGCAAUAAUGACACCCAAACAAAAGGCACCGAUUUGCACUGUGAUUUUAGCUACCUGCCACAAGAAAUGAUACACUGGUCUAGUACAGCCUAAAUAACAGGACAAUGCUAAAGCACCCCUCCAUUGACUUGAUAGUGAGGGUUGAUUUUGACCAUCAGUAAUUGGGGGAUUGGAAUACUGUGACCUGCACAGUGAGGACCCCCCCCCCCACACACACACACACAAACACACACAACUCUCUGUGUAGUGCAAUGCUGCUUAACUCUUUGAAAUGUCAAGGGACACCAAUCAGUAUCUAUUCUUCUAUGACAAAAGUGAUUUAAAUGUGUUUAUUUUUUUGAAUCCAGAACAUGUAAUUAUGUGUCUCUUGUGGAGUGCUUGGUUUACUUGUGAAAGUCAUAGUAUCCCAACACUGUUUCUCUCCAUUACGUCUACAACUGUCACUUGGGCUUGAUCCAGCUUCAUGUUGUGUAUCUUUUAAUGUGAGGACAAUUGUAGUUUGAAGUCUGUAUCUGUGGAGCACGUGUUGUCAUUCUGAAGUGCAUGCUCUAAAAAGGAAACAUGUCAAAUGGUAAAACAGGAUGACAACAUAUAUCACGUUCCAAGCGAUGUGUAAAAUGAAAUGCCAUGUGAGAAAAUCACAUAAACAUA